GAAUUAGGCGACACAAUUGUCAACUAUUUUCCAACAAUAACAAAGAUAGUGUUUGACAGAACUAUAUGUCAGCUUAUUGAAAGUCUUCCACCCAAAGCUGCAAAAAAAGUCGAACAGUUUUGUGUCGAAUUCAAAUUAAAGAGUUACGGAUAUCAGGAUGACGAAGAAGAACGUGAGUACGGACAAGAAACAGCAAAAUGGCAAUGUCUUAGCUCACUCAACCCCAAGUUCAAACCAUUAUUUUACUCAGACAACAACACAAUUCAAGUACGCAAAAUUGCUAUUCAUUUCGUUAACCAAGCAGAAGACAUUGAAGAAGGAGACUCUAUCUCAGUUUAUGUUUGCUACUGCAAGUUUUUCAAGGACGAAUUUGGAGGACCAAUUCUCAUGCAUGUCUUCAAGCCACAUCAGCAACUCUACGUUGAAACUGAAAUAACACUCAUGCAUGGAAUGUAUCUCAAGUUUGAAAGCCAAUUGGAAAACACAUACAACAUUUGGCUUUCAUACAUUCAAUUCGAUACACCAGAUGACUUUGAUGUUGAAGAAGAAGACUCUACUCAAGAAGAUGAACCACAAGACUAA